AUGGCGAUUUCUACCCGCAGUGGUAAAGUAUUAUCGGGACCUUCUGUGGGAAAGCCUGUGAUUGAUGAUGUGGUAGAAUUGGAUGAGGAAGCAGAAGAUGAACAUCCAGUAGAGUUUGAGAAGCUGGAUAAUGAUGAUAUUCCAUCUAACCAUCAGGAGACUGAUGAGUUAGAAAAAGAUAAGGGAAAAAAGGGAGAAACAGUGGUUCAAUUGACUUUGAAUGGGCCUUUGGUGGAGGCACUGGAACAAAUACCUGGAUAUGCUAAAUUCAUGAAGGAUCUUAUCACAAAGAAGAAGACGGUGAGCUAUGAAUUGGUGGACAAUCUUCACCAUUGUAAUGCCAUUUCGACAAGAUCCUUAGUGCAAAAGAAAGCGAAUCCUGGAGCAUUCACCAUACCGUGUACUAUUAGAUCGCUGGAUUUUACAAAGGCCCUGUGUGAUCUUGGGGUGACCAAUUUUAUUUUCCCUACUGACUUUGUGAUCCUGGAUUGUGAGGUGGACUUCGAGGUGGGCAUAAUCUUAGGUAGAUCUUUCCUCACAACUGGGAGUGUGUUGAAUGACUUGUGGGCAAAUGAGCUGCAGUUUAGGCUCAAUGAUGAGGUAGUACAAUUUUAUAUUUGCCAGUCAAUGAAGCAACACAAAAAGAUGAGUGUAUUCUCUAUUAUCGAUGUUUAUUAUGAAGAUAAGCGAGAGGUGCCGAUCGAGGAGAAAUUUGUUGUUGAAACUUUAGUUGCGGUCUUGAUGAACUUUGAUAGCGAAGGUAUUGAAGAGUAUGAGGAGACAAUAUGUUCCCUAAUGGGAAAGGGAUCAUAUUCAUAUGCUCUCAAUAAGUUGAAUUUGAACCUCAAAAAACGUCCAACACCACCGGCUAAGCCAUCCAUUGAAGAGCCACCGGUGUUUGAGUUGAAGGAGUUACCAGGCCAUCUAUGGUAUAUGUUUCUAGGCAGUGGAAAUACUUUCCUGUGA